UAUUUUAUCCAAACAGAGUCAACUCACCAUAAUCUGAAAGUCUUUUCUGUCGCAGCGGGUGUGUUCUUGCUUCGUCUUGUUUGGUUCGAGAGAAAGACGAGGACAAUUUAAGAAUGGCGGUCGGGAAGGAAGAGGUGGAGGAAAUAGUGAAACCCCGUACGGACAAGAGGGAGUACAGGAGGAUUGUCCUACCCAACUCCCUCGAAAUCCUUCUCAUCAGCGAUCCUGAUACUGACAAGUGUGCUGCUUCCAUGGAUGUCAAUGUUGGUGCUUUUAGCGACCCUGAUGGCCUGGAGGGCCUUGCCCAUUUCCUUGAGCAUAUGCUGUUUUAUGCUAGUGAAAAGUACCCUUUGGAGGAUAGUUACUCGAAGUACAUCACCGAGCAUGGAGGGCGAACAAAUGCUUAUACAGACUCUGAGCACACCAACUAUUAUUUUGACGUCAAUUCCGAUGGUUUUGAAGAGGGUUUGGACAGAUUUGCUCAGUUCUUUAUUAAACCAUUGAUGUCAGCUGAAGCUACAAUGAGGGAGAUCAAAGCUGUUGAUUCUGAGAAUCAGAAAAACCUGUUGUCUGAUGCAUGGAGAAUGAACCAGCUCCAGAAACAUCUAAGUGCGGCUGACCAUCCGUACCAUAAAUUUAGUACAGGGAAUUGGGAAACUUUGGAGGUCCGUCCAAAAGCAAAAGGAUUGGAUACCAGAGAUGAGCUUAUUAAGUUCUAUGAACAAUAUUAUUCUGCUAAUGUCAUGCAUCUUGUCAUUUAUGGAAAAGAAAACCUUGAUAAAAUUCAAGCCACUGUAGAGGACAAGUUUAAGGAUAUUAGAAACAUUGACCGCAACUGCCUUCAUUUUGAUGGUGAGCCUUGCACAUCAGAACAUUUGCAGAUUCUUGUCAAAACUGUUCCAAUCAAAGAGGGUCAUAAGCUGAGACUUGUGUGGCCAAUAGCUCCAGAAAUUCAUCAUUACAAGGAAGGGCCCUGUAGGUAUCUUAGUCAUCUCAUUGGCCACGAAGCAGAGGGGUCUUUGUUUGCCGUCUUGAAAGCUUUGGGAUGGGCAACAGGUUUGUCUGCUGGGGAAUCGGAUUCAACGUUGGUCUUUUCUUUCUUUAGAGUAGAUAUGGAUCUCACGGACGCGGGUCAUGAGCACAUGCAAGACAUAGUAGGUUUGCUUUUCAAAUACAUUUCCCUCUUACAGCAGUCGGGUGUUUGCGAGUGGAUUUUUGAUGAGCUUUCUGCUGUUUGUGAGACGAAGUUUCAUUAUCAGGACAAAAUGCAGCCUAUUAAUUAUGUCGUCAGCAUUUCGACAAAUAUGCAGAGAUAUCCCCCAAGAGAUUGGCUAGUAAGAUCAUCCUUGCCUUGUAACUUCAGUCCAGACACUAUCCAAGUGGUGCUUAACAAGCUUUCUCCAGACAAUGUCAGAAUUUUCUGGGAAUCCAAAAAAUUUGAAGGUCAUACUAACAUGACUGAGCCAUGGUAUGGAACUGCUUAUUCUGUCGAGAAAAUUAGUGGCUCACUGAUUCAGGAGUGGAUAGUAUCUUCCCCAAAUGAGAAUCUGCACUUACCAGCCCAUAAUGUGUUCAUCCCCACUGACUUGUCGCUUAAGAAUAAUCAUGAGAAGGCCAAUUGUCCAGUUCUGUUAAGAAAGUCGCCGUGUUCAACACUUUGGUACAAGCCUGAUACAAUGUUCUUUACUCCUAAGGCUUACGUUAAGAUUGAUUUCACUUGUCCCCACGCAAGUGAAUCCCCUGAAACAGAAGUCCUAACUAAUAUGUUUACUCAGCUGUUGAUGGAUUACUUGAAUGAAUAUGCUUACUAUGCUCAGGUUGCUGAACUGUUUUACGGAAUAACCCACACAGAUAGGGGGUUUCAGGUGACUCUGGUUGGCUAUAACCACAAAUUAAGAAUUUUACUGGAAACUGUAGUUGAGAAGAUUGCAAGCUUUAAAGUGAAAGCUGAUAGGUUCGCAGUCAUCAAGGAAAUGCUCAUAAAGGGGUACCAAAACUUGAAAUUUCAACAGCCUUAUGAGCAGGCUAUGAACUACUCCGCAUUAAUUCUACAGGAUCAUACUUGUCCAUGGACGGAAGAACUUGAAGCUCUUCCUCACCUUCAAGUUGAAGAUCUUGCUAAGUUUGUCCCUUGGAUGCUCUCGAGGGCCUUCGUGGAGUGUUAUACAGCUGGAAACCUUGAAAAGAACGAGGCUGAGUCAAUGAUCCAGCAUAUUGAAGAUGUUUUCUUUAAGGGCUCAAAUCAUAUUUCCCGAACUUUAUUUCCAUCCCAGCAUUUGACUAAUAGAGUUGUGAAACUUGAAAAGGGCAAGAGCUACUUCUACUCUGUGGAAGGACUUAAUCCAAGUGACGAGAAUUCUGCCCUUGUCCACUAUAUCCAGGUUCAUCAGGAUGACUUUAUGCUGAAUGUGAAACUUCAGCUGUUCGCUCUUGUUGCAAAGCAGCCUGCCUUUCACCAGCUUAGAUCUGUUGAGCAACUUGGUUACAUCACGGUCCUCUUGCAGAGGAAUGAUUCUGGUAUCCGUGGGGUGCAGUUUGUUAUACAAUCCACUGCGAAGGAUCCAGCACAUAUUGACUUGAGAGUGGAGGAAUUCCUCAAGGGGUUCGAGAGUAAACUUUAUGACAUGCCUAGUGACGAAUUCAAGAGCAACGUAAAUGCAUUGAUCGACAUGAAGCUUGAGAAGCACAAGAAUUUAAGGGAAGAAGCUGGAUUUUAUUGGAGGGAGAUUUCAGAUGGGACACUCAAGUUUGAUAGGAAAGAGUCUGAGAUUGCAGCACUGAGGCAGCUUACACAGCAAGAAUUGAUAGAUUUUUUCAAUGAGCAUAUAAAAGUUGGGGCUCCUCAAAAGAGGUCGUUAAGCGUACGAGUGUACGGGAACUCACAUUCAUCGGAGUACGCUACACAUACAAACUCACCGGUGCAACCUUGCUGCGUCAAAAUAGACGACAUAUUCAGCUUCAGAAGGUCACAACCUCUUUAUGGUUCAUUCAAGGGAAGUCAUGUGAAAUUGUAGACUUGAGAAGUAGAUAUCUGGACAAAGUUAUAGAAGAACACCAGAAAAACUAACUUAUCAGUAUUAGUAUUUACCAAAAAAACUAACUACAUUUGUCCUUGUAACUUACCAGAAAAAGGUAAAAAGUAAAAGGGUGUUGUUAUCCACACUUUUUUUUACCUCUUGAUUUCCGUUCGUUGGAAGGUAAAAACAAGUGUCUGGAUAGUACAACCUAAAUAAAAAAUAUAAAAAAUAAGGCAUUGUCGUUGUCAUUAAAAAAUGUUUUAUUUGUGUAAUCGAUGUUGAGUGACCAUUGAAUUAUCAAUAUAUGUAUUAUUUCAUUUAUAAUCUGUUUAUUUCAUGAAUUAA